AUGGAUCAGUUGAAGAAAUUCAACCAGUGGUUGAAGGAGCACUCGACCACCAAAAAAGCUGAGGAGAAGAAGCCUGAGGAAGAGCCUGUGCUUGAGGAAGAGGAGCAGGAAGAAGAGAUCGGCAAUUUAUUGCAACAGUAUGGCAUUCUCUUGGAGUAUGAACGCAUGCAGGAUUUGCUUCCUUCUGGGAUGUAUGUUUUGCCCUGCUUCGACUCAGUGCUAACGUGGCAAGGGGCUUUGUUCGUUCGUCAGGGCCUUUACAAAGGAGCUGUUUUCAAGUUUCGCCUGGUCCUACCGGAGGAAUACCCAGAGCAGGCACCAGAUCUCUUCUUUACAUCUGAUGUCUUCCACCCCAUGGUUGACCCACAGACUGGUCAAGUGGAGCUAGUUUCCCUGUUUCCCGAGUGGCAACCUGGACGAGACUUUGCAGCCUUUGCCUUGCCUCAUUUACAUCGAGCCUUCCUUCGAAGAGAGUACUUUGCCAACACUGCCCGCCCAGCCCUAAACCCUGAAGCAAGACAGCUCUUCAUCUCUGACCCAGCAGCUUUCGCGGAGAGAGCCAGGCUUUGUGCCAACAAUAGCUUGGAUCAUGUCUUUGACAACCCGUCGGGGUCCACCUUGCAGUUCACAAAGGGCCCGGCUGAGGCACACGAUGCUAUCCUGGAACACCUGAAAGCUGAGGCCACUGCUCCAUUGGAGGAGCGCAAAAAUACUUUCAUUGACUGGUUUUGUGACCACUAUGCUCAAAAGCGAACUAGGGUUGGUGUUGCUCAAGGAGAAGCUGAGGCCGAAACCAUCCUUCUUGAUGCCAAGGGGCAACAAGUAGGCAAGGCCGGUUACCCAAAGCCUUCAGCGCCCAAAGCGGCGCCAUCCAUCCUCUCGCGGAGCAGCAUCUUGAACCAAUCAGCAACGAGCUCUGCAUCUGCUCAUGACAAGGAAGAAGUCUUUUAG